AUGAAGAUGAAUAUUAAAUAUACUGGAACAGCAGGGACACCAGGAACUCCUGGAACACCAGGGACACCAGGAACUCCGGGUUCCCCAGGCUCUGGAGGUUAUCCAGGAUCAGGCGGACAGCCAGGACAACCAGGUAGUGGAGGAUAUCCAGGUUCUCCCGGAUCUCCGGGAUCGCCAGGAACUCCUGGAACAGCAGGGACACCAGGAACUCCUGGAACACCAGGGACACCAGGAACUCCGGGUUCCCCAGGCUCUGGAGGUUAUCCAGGAUCAGGCGGACAGCCAGGACAACCAGGUAGUGGAGGAUAUCCAGGCUCUCCCGGAUCGCCAGGAACUCCUGGAACACCAGGAACUCCGGGUUACCCAGGCUCUGGAGGUUAUCCAGGAUCAGGCGGACAGCCAGGACAACCAGGUAGUGGAGGAUAUCCAGGCUCUCCCGGAUCACCAGGAACUCCUGGAACCCCGGGUUACCCAGGCUCUGGAGGCUAUCCAGGAUCAGGUGGACAGCCAGGAAAACCAGGAAGUGGGGGUUACCCCGUUGGACCCGGAUCACCGGGAACACCAGGUAAGCUAUUUGUCUAUUAUUCGACCUUUAACAAUCGGCAAUGAUCACCGCAAAGUGAAAUGUUAUGUGUCACCACAGACAUUACUUUUGCCAAGCAAAUGUAACAAGACAAAAUAAUCAAUUCUGUUGCGUGCGCGCGUGGUCGAGCAAACAGAGAAUAAACGUCCGAAACAUUUUAAUGACCCGUA